AACGCAAUUGCGAGCCCUUGCACGCAAGUGAAUUUAAUUGCGUUUCCUUUUUAAUGUUCAUCCAAUGUGAACAAAUGAAAAAUGUAUCAUAUUAUAUUGUUAAUUAGUAGCUUAACCACAAGAAAUUUGAAAACUGUUGAAGUAAGUGAUGCCUCGAUUAUUUUAAAAUCAACAGAGAUAUUUAAUUCCAUUUUUGUAUAUCUGCUGCAUAGAUUUGUAAGUCGAACAGUUAAAAUUAUUGAUUUUUAGAUAGAAAAGCAAUUCCGAUGAACGCAAUUCCGCGCAAUUCCACGGAAUUCCACUUAAUUCUACGCAAUUCCGCGAAUAUUUAAUUGCUUCCUUUUUCGCAAUUAUAGAGCAAGCGGAAGCACCCAUUGCACGCAAAUCUGCGCAAGGGAAUUCCGAUUGGAAACCCUAAAAUUUCCACUCUGUCUAAAGCAUGUUGAUAAACAGAGUGUGGUUCUUUGUAGUGCUAUUUUUUGUGGUGAACUUUCCUAUUACAGCUCAUGGAUAUCGCUGGUCACCUGUAAUAGAAAAAGCUAAUAUAGCUGAAGAGGCAGUAAUGGAAGCAAAAGAGUUUGCCAAAGAAUCAGAACAAGCCUCUAAGAAAGCUGAAAAUGAAGCAGCGACUGCUCAAAAAGCUGCAGAGUCUGCAGCAGCCUCUGCCUCUAAGAAAGCAGAAGAAUCACAAUUAUCCACAAAAGAGGCAGCAAAAGAAGCUGACAAUGACAUUCAAGAAGCAUUAAAAGAAGCAACUGAGUUCAUUAAGGAAGCAAUAAAAAUAAGCCAUAAAAAUAAAGAUAACAUACAAAAGAACCCAUCUGUAGAUUCCACAACAAAAUCCUUUCGCCUUUUAUCUGAAAUUACAACUAAAUUGCACCCAAUUUCAACCACUCACUUAGUUAAUGAGUUGUCUGAAAAGAUUGGAAAUGAAAGUAAAGGUAUGGUAGCAAAUAUUAGAGAAUCUGCCAAUAUUGCUGUUGAUGCCAAAACCUCAGCAGAAAAAUCUGCCGAAGAAGCAGCUUUAUCUGCAGAAAAAGCAACAGCUGUAGCAGCGAAGGCUGCAGCAGAUAUUGCUGAACUUCAAGCUGCAAUUGAAAAUGUUUCAGUUGCUAAAAAGGAAGCAACAGAAGCUGCAGCCAAAGCUAAAGAAGCAGCACUUGAAGCCAAACUUGCAGCUGAAACUGCUGCUGAAGAAGCUACUUCUGCUGCUAAAAAAGAGAUUCAAGAAGCUCUUGCUGAAUCAAAGAAAGAUGCUCAAGAUGAAGCAACUAAAAAGGCCAAGGAAGAAGCAAAAAAACUAAAAGAGGCUGAGAAAGUUGCAGAUUUAGCUAGAAUAGCUGCUGAAGAAUCUGCAGCUGAAGCAAAGAAGGCAGCAGAAAAUUUGGCCCAAGCACUUGAGAAAGUGGAAGCAGAAGCUGCUUUUCUCAAAUUAGCAGAAGAAGCAGGGGUUGCUGCUAAAAAAGCUGUAAUUGAUGGAAAUACUGCAAAUGUUAAAGCCCAAGAAGAAAAAGAAGCUAAUGAAAAUUUAGAGGAAGCUAAGACUGCUCUUGAAAAAGCUGAAGAAGAUGAGAUUUUGAAAAAGAAAGAGGUUGAUGAUGCUAAGAAAUUGGUGACAGAAACUAAAACUGCUCUUGCCACUGCUGAGGCUGCUCUUAUUCCAGCAACAUCAAAUUUUGAGGAAGCAGCUAGUGCCCUUACAACUGCAUCCGAAGAAUCAGCCGCAGUGGCUCAAAAGUUAGCUCAGCUCCUAGAAGAUUGGGAAAAAAGGGUUGAGGAUCUAAAUAUUGCUCAAGAGGCUAUUGAUAACACAGAGGAUGUUGAAAAAUUGAAAGCUGACAUUACUGUUUUUAUAAAUCAAAACAAUAAACUAAAUGCAGACUUAGAUGCAGCUGCAGAUUCUGAUAAGCCAGCAAUUCAAAAAGAUAUUGAUGAUAUGAUGGUUCCAUGGAAUGCAGCUGCAGAAAAGUAUUUAGCAUUGCUAGCUAAGGAAGCUAGUGAUUUGAAUGAUGCCAAAAAAGCUUCAGAAAGUGCAGAACAGGCUGUCAAAAAAGCAACUUCUGCUGUUGCAGUCAAAAAGGAUACCAAGGAGGAAGCAGAUAAAAGAAUGAAAGAGGCUACAACUGCUCUUAAAGUUUUAAAAGAAGCUGCUUCUGUAGCUGACAAGUCUGCAAAAGAUGCUGCAACAGCAGUAUUAAUUGCAGAAAAGGAGGCUGAAUUAGCUUCUCAGAAAUCUGUGAACUCAGCAGCUCAUUUAGAAGCGGCAAAGGCAGUAGCUGCUUUGGCUGAAAAAGCUACAGAAGGAGCAAAAGAUGCUGCUCGUAAAUCUUCCAAUGAAGCAGAGGUAUUAGCUCUUAAAGCUGCAGGAGAAGCUGCCAAGUCUUCAAAAGAAGCAUUGGAGGAGGCUAAAAUCACAAAGUCUAAAGUUGUAACUUCUGCAUUAAAAGCAGAGAUGGAACUAGCUGCUCAGGUUGCUGCGGAAAAGAAAGCAGAGGAAGCUAAAAAGUCUGCAGAAGAAGCACUGUCUAAAGCCAAUGGUUUAAUUACCUAAAUAUAGAAGAGAUAAUUUAAAUGCUCAUGUACUAGUUCAUCUCUAACAAAUUUUCCAAAAAAAAAUUCAAUGACCAUUUUUUCAGAAU